AUGACGACUGGCCCAGGUCGCUUCCGGAGGCUUCCUGAAGCUUCUGGAGGCUUCCGGAUGCUUCCGGAUGUGUCCAGAGGCUUCCGGAUGCUUCCAGAGGUUUCCGGAUGUGUCCAGAGGCUUCCGGAUGCUUCCAGAGGUUUCCGGAUGUGUCCAGAGGCUUCCGGAUGCUUCCAGAGGUUUCCGGAUGUGUCCAGAGGCUUCCGGAUGCUUCCAGAGGCUUCCAGAGGCUUCCAGAGGCUCUCGGAUGCUUCCAGAGACUUCCAGAAACUACCAGAGGCUUCCGGAGACUUCCAGAGGCUUCCGGAUGCUUCCAGAGGCUCUCGGAUGCUUCCAGAGACUUCCAGAAACUACCAGAGGCUUCCGGAGACUUCCAGAGGCUUCCGGAUGCUUCCAGAGGCUUUCGGAGGCUUCCAGAGGCUCUCGGAUGCUUCCAGAGACUUCCAGAAACUACCAGAGGCUUCCGGAGACUUCCAGAGGCUUCCGGAUUCUUCCAGAGACUUCCGGAUGCUUCUAGAGACUUUCGGAUGCUUCCAGAGGCUUCCAGAGGUUUCCAGAGACUUCUAG